AUGGGUACGGCUUUCGAUACUGGUACUAUCUCGGAACAUGAGAUUGGAGUGAUCCCACGAGCACUUGCACACGUGUUUCGUCGAGUUGUUGAAUUAAAACGAGAAGCAGUAGGAAAUGGUGUUUUGGAGCCCACAUUUGAAAUAGCUGUUCAAUUCAUUGAGUUGUACAACGAAGAAAUCAUCGAUUUACUGGCAAAUGAUAGAGCAACAUCGUUCAAUAUCCGUAUUCAUGAAGACGCUCAAGGAGAGAUCUAUCUCCACGGAUUGUACAACGAAGAAAUCAUCGAUUUACUGGCAAAUGAGAGAGCAACGUCGUUCAAUAUCCGUAUUCAUGAAGACGCUCAAGGAGAGAUCUAUCUCCACGGAGUAACGAGCAGACCAGUAUCGGAUUUGCACUCGACCUUGGACAUCCUAAAGAAUGGAGCAUUGAACCGUACUGUGGCGGCAACGAACAUGAAUGAGCAAUCGUCACGAUCGCAUGCGAUUUUCUCCCUUCAUAUUAAGCAGCAAAGAGUAGCUGUUCCGGAUGUUCCAUCUCCAACCCAGGAGAUUGAGAUGGAAUUACUCUCAGCUAAGUUCCAUUUUGUGGAUCUUGCUGGUUCAGAACGACUAAAGCGAACUGGUGCCACUGGCGAUAGGGCCAAAGAAGGAAUAAGCAUCAACUGUGGAUUGGUGAGCUUAUUAAUCUUCAAAUCCCAAAGCUCUCAAUCUGCUUUCUAUGCACAUAUUCUGCUUCUUAAGCUCGCUCUCGGUAAUGUAAUCAGCGCACUUGGUGGUGCAAAUGGAAAAGUUAGCCAUGUUCCAUAUCGUGAUUCCAAGUUGACAAGCCGAACUUUGAUGAUUGCAUGUGUAUCGCCGAGUGACAGCGAUUUUGUUGAGACCCUCAACACAAUGAAAUAUGCGAAUCGUGCAAAGAAUAUCAAGAACAAGGUAGUUGCCAAUCAGGACAAGUCCUCGAAACUCAUUGGAGAACUACGCGGUCGUAUUGCAUCUCUUGAAGCUGAGCUUCUUGAAUUCAAACAAGGUCGGAGAACUAUUGAUAGUGAUGGUGUCGAAACAAUCAACGAUCAAUAUCAGGAGAAUGUGAUGCUUACGGAACAAGCUGAGAUUAAUCAGCUGAGAUUCCGCGUUAAAGCACUUCAAGAAACGAAUGAGAUUCUUCGAAAUCGAAACGUGGACCUGAUGGCGAAAGCCGCUGGAUCGAAUGGAUUCCUCUCGGGUUCACAGGCGAACGAUGAAAAUGGAACUUCUUCGGAUGAUGGAAAUGAUAACUCGUCCAAUGAAGUCAUGGAUCCUGUGCAGGCAACACUUCGAAAGUAUUUGGAUGAGUUGGAAAGGACGCGCUCGCAGCUGUAUGAAUCCCAGGCCGUUUCAGACCAGCUCAGGAAAGAGAUGAACAAGUGGAAAAACCAAGCUAUUACUGGUGGAAUUGGAGUCGGAUUCUCAGCAAAUGCUGAUCAUUCAUUCUCGCCGUUUGGUCAUCAACAACUGAUUGAUGAGGCCCGCGCUGACAUUGAAAGGCUCCGGAAAACUGUGUCUGCGGCGUCAAAUGAGGGUCAGUUGUUCCGAAAUGUUAUUGUAAUUGAUGGAUUCUGA